UUUUGGAGAAAUCGCAGUUUGAAGAGGAGCAGCUGUGAAAUUCACCCACAUUUCGUGGGCCAAGUGAGAGACCCCAGGACGAUGCUUCUCACCUGGAUGUGACUGCCUGUUCUGGGGCAGGGGGAGGCCCAGAGCUGCAGACCGGACCUGAUAGGCAUCACUACAAAUGUGGCCAGAGGGUGUCCAGCUUUCCAAUCUUCCACCUUUCCAAGCCAGUUCAAUUCAGUUGCAAGCAAAGCCGUGGAUGGGAACUGCAGCAGACACUGGAUUGGGCAGAACACCUGCACCCACACAAAGCGAGAAAGGGGGCCCUGGUGGUACGUGGACCUGGGUAGCCAGUAUUCUAUUUCUUCCGUGGUGGUGAAAACCCAGACAGACUGCUGUGGAGAAAGGCUUCGGGGAGCAGAGAUCCGCAUGGCAGGCUGCAUGCCCAACUGUGGACUCUCCAAUCUUCUGACGAUGCUUCUCACCUGGAUGUGGCUGCCUGUUCUGGGGCUCCUGGCCGGCCAGGGGGAGGCCCAGAGCUGCAGACCGGACCUGAUAGGCGUCGCUAUAAACGUGGCCAGAGGACGUCCAGCUUUCCAAUCUUCCACCUUUCCAAGCCAGUUCAAUUCAGUUGCAAGCAAAGCCGUGGAUGGGAACUGCAGUGGACGCUGGAUUGGACAGAACACCUGCACCCACACGAAGCGAGAAAGGGGGCCCUGGUGGUACGUGGACCUGGGUAGCCGGCAUGCCAUUUCUUCCGUGGUGGUAAAAAACCGUGCAGACUGCUGUGGAGAAAGGCUCCAGGGAGCAGAGAUCCGUGUGGGAAACUUUGUGAGCAACCAUGGAAAAAACAAUCCUCUCUGUGGGAGAAUCACCGACACCCGUCUGGGCUCCAUCAGCACCAUCUCCUGCAACGGUCGUGUGGGACGCUAUGUCACCGUCACCGUUCCUAGCCGCACAGUAUCCCUGGCACUGUGCGAGGUGGAAGUCUACGGGACCAGGGUGCUUAGCCCGGAGAAUUGUGAGCCAGGACAGGGACAAGGAUAAUGGAUAACUCAGUCAAUCUUGUUCUCUUAAAUAAACCUACUCUGAGCAAUUGUUUUGUUUCUGGGAUUGGUUGCAAAGACACAAAGGCAAAGAGGGGGCAGACCACAAAGGAGAAGGCAUCGUCUAGGUCUUCAAGAUCUGUUUUGUGUUGCAGUCUUAGAUCAAUCAUAACAUCCUCCUAUAAGUCCAAAGCACCAGAAGGCAGGAGAAGAAGCAAUGGGUGGGAAAUGACCAAGGAGAGAAGCAACUGAGAAGUAAGGAGGAAUUUCCCGACAGUGAGAACAAUUAACCAGUGGAACAGAAGUCGCCUCCAGAAGUUGUGGGUGAUCCAACACUGGAGGUUUUAAAGAAGAGACUGGACAGCCAUUUGUCUAGAAUGGGGUAGUGGUCUCUUGUUUCAGCACAGGGUUGGACUAGAGGAGAGGGAGGGAGGGACUAUGGGGUCCGUGGUGCUCUCUAAGCUUGGUUGUUUUUCUCAGACGUUUCAUUACCCAACCAGGUAACACCAUCAGUGCUAGUGGAUCUGAUGGCACAUCAUCAAUCAAUCAAUGAGGAGGAAGCUCCUGGAACACGGCCCGUUCCCUUUUGCCAGAGAGCUCCGCACACAGACACCGGCCAGCCAUCUCUCCAAGAGUUUCGGGCAGAUUCUGCACAAGAGCAAAACACCGGAGCAAAGAGCUCCCCUUUCAGGUGUAGGAGAUCAGCUUUUGGUUAAAAUAUUCCUAGCAGUAAACCAGGCAAUCCCACGAAUGGAGGACAGGGCAAGUGGGAAUCACGAACCACCUCCAAGAGGAAUCCGAUUCACGAACCACCUCCAAGCAGAAGCGAAGGAGCGGGUUCCGUUGAUGGCCCGACACCCUGUUUAGCUUUGUCCCACGAAGUGAGAGGCUUACAGGUCAGCAAAUACUCCGAUUCAUUUGGGGAUGGCACAUCUCAUGAACCCGGCUCUCGUCUUCCGAUGAGAGGCUGAGGGCUUUCUGGGUGAACGAGCCUACAAGCGCGUGAAUUAAGCCUCGGAGGGCGUCUCCACAGGUAUUUGCAUCCACCACGUCCAGAAGCCCGACAGGGAAGAAGAAUACCCUAAAGCAGGGGUGGGGAACCGGGGCCCUUUCGUGACUUGUGGACUUCAACUCCCACCAUUCCUGAGCCGGGCAAGUCGUGAAAGGACUGUGAUUCCCCACCCCUGCCCUAAACCAUCCGAGACAGGAAGCGUUGUUGAGAGCGCUUUUCAAUGACGGUGCCCACCCUUUGCAGACCUCCCUCCCUGCCCUGUCUGUUUUCAGUCAGCCUCUCCACUUCACAGGGGUUCCAGAGGCAUCGGUCCUGAUUCCCCUCAGCUGGCCACAGAAGGGAAUGAGACAAACCAGGUUCCACUCUUGAGAUGAGGAAGCCACAGAGAACGGGCUGAGCUUGCCAGCCAGCUACAGCUCUGCCGGGGCUGCUUCCCUGCCAUGAGGAACAAGCUACGGCAGAGACCCCCACACACACACACCACGAGACUUUUUGGACACCAGAAACCCGUUCUGCGGAGGUCGGUUCUUCAGUGGAACUGGGAUGUGUGGUUUCACACACUGCCUGGAUCCCCUGUGAGCACGGAUGGGGCUUGGCUGGCUUGGCAGGCUGCGGACUGGUGUGGGGUCACAGCCCGGGGAUUGGGUACCCGAGCCAGAGCGUAACUCUGAUCUUGUCCGUUUUCUCCCUGGUGAUUUAGAGGCUCCAGGGCCACCGUAGCCCGUCAGCUGGUGACCCUAUUAGUGAUGGAGAAAGUCCCCCGGGAGCGGAGAGCCGAGGGCUGGAGGGGCCUCCCUUCCCUUUGGUGCCCACCAGCAAACACCAGAGGGCAUCAGGCUGGCGAAGCUGCCAUCUGGGAGGGGUUCUGGGCUGGGGUGUCGGGCAGGGUCCCAAGGACGGCCUCCUGUUAUGCAACUGAUGGAAGGUUCGGAGGGAGGUGGGGAACUCGUCUCAAUGGGGGUGGGGGUUCCUGCCACUGCAAGGGCAAAGGAGGAGGGCUGGACAAACUCUUGUGACUAUUGAAUAGUCCUCAACUUACAAGCAUCCGUUUAGUGACCUUUCCAAGUUGCAACAGCACGGAAAAAAGUAACAGAUCGUUUUUCACACACUUACGACCACCGCAUCCCCCUGGGGUCAUGUGAUCAAAAUUUGGCCACUUGGUGACUGACUCAUAGUUGCGACAGCCGCAGCGUCCCCUGGGGGUCACAUGAUCCCAUUUCGGCGAUCUUCUGACAAAUGAAGUCCAUGGGGAAGCCAAAUUCACUUAACAACCACAGUGAUUCAUUUAACCACGGUGGCAAGGAAGGUCGUAAAAUGGGGCAAAGCUCACUUAACAACUUUCUCGCUUAGCGACAUAAAUUUGGGGCUCAACUGUGGCCGUAUGUUGAGGACCACCUGCGCUCGGUCUGCAGGAAAACACCCACCGUGGGGAGGAGCUGUCCUGACUGCAGACUCGGCUGCGCUGUCAAGACCACCGGAGGGAGGGGGGGGCUGUGUUGCUCCCCAAGUUUAUGAUCUCCCAAACUGCAGUGCUGGCACCCCCAGAGACGCUCCCCCCAUGGCCAGGCGCCCGUUCAAUUCACCCUCUUGCAGCGGCUUCCAGCGGAAGGGCUGGAAAGGGGCCGCCUCCUUCCCUUCCUCCCCAGCUCUCGUUCGUGGGGAGGGCUCAGCCAGCCCCACCUGUGCUGAGGAGGGUCCCCCAAGCCCCCAAGUAGCCCACAGGAAGCCCCAUCCCCCGAGCAAAAACCCUCCUGCCCUGUGCCCAAGCCGCAGGGACCCAAGACCAGG